GUCGGAAUGAGUGUCAGGAGAUCCCCAACGUCUGUAACCACGGCGACUGCGUGGACACCAAGGGCAGCUACACGUGCCUGUGUCACCGUGGCUUCCGGGCCCUGGCGGAUGGGACCCUGUGCGUGGACCUCGACGAGUGCGAGCAGCAGCCGUGUGGAAACGGGACCUGUCAGAACAUCAUUGGCUCCUACACCUGCCUCUGCGCCCUUGGCUUCGCAGCAGCGCUCAGCGGGAGCUGCGUGGACAUCGAUGAGUGUCACACCAUGGCAGGGCAGGUGUGCCACAUGGGACAGUGCCUCAACACAGCUGGCUCCUUCCACUGUCUCUGCCAGGGUGGCUUCGAGCUUACAGCUGAUGGGAAGAAUUGUGUGGACACAGAUGAGUGUCUCACACUCCCUGGAACCUGCCUGCCCGGCACUUGCCAGAACCUCGAGGGAUCCUUCCGCUGCAUCUGCCCCCCUGGCUUCCAGGUGCAGAGUGACCACUGCGUGGACAUCAACGAAUGCUUGGAGGAGCCGAACCUCUGCCUCUUGGGCACCUGUACCAACAGUCCCGGGAGCUUCCAGUGCCUCUGUCCACCUGGCUUUGUCCCUUCUGACCACGGGCACCGUUGCUUUGACACACGGCAGAGCUUCUGCUUCACUCGCUUUGAGGCUGGGAAGUGUUCCACGCCGACAGCUUUCAACACCACCAAGACCCGGUGCUGUUGCAGCAAGAGGCCCGGGGAGGGCUGGGGCGACCCCUGCGAGCUGUGUCCCGGGGAGGGCAGUGCUGCUUUUCAGGAGCUCUGCCCCUUUGGCCACGGAGCAGUCCCAGGCCCGGGGGACUCCAGAGACGGUGAGCCGCGAGCCCGCCGCCCCGCCUCGGCUCUGCCCGCCCCGGGCCCGGCGCCCACCGUGACACACUGCCUGCGCCCCGCCCCCGCCGCUGCAGAUGUGGACGAGUGCGCGGAGAGCGCCGGCGUCUGCGGCCCUGGCCUCUGUAUCAACACCGACGGCUCCUUCCGCUGCGAGUGUCCCUCUGGCUACAGCCCGGACCCCGCGGGGGUCAGCUGUGUGGGUGAGCGAGGCCGUCGUCACUGCGUCCUCCCUCACCGAGCCCACUGGGCUUGCAUCGUCACUCUGAGCAACUUCACCAAGGCCGACUUUGAUGUCAUCUCUGAGACCUACAGCUACGUGAUUCCUGUCCUCCAAAAACAGAUGGCAUCCACCAAGUCUUCCUACCAGGAAUCCAUUGACCACCUUGUAAAAACCUACAGCAGAGUCUGUCGAGAAGACUCAGGCUCUAACUUAGGUUUGUUAUACAAGAAACUUAAAGCAAAUGAAGCCUAA